AGCGCGAUGGUUGGGGGUGGCCUGGUGCUGGCGGCAGACAGUGCGCAAGCGCGACUCCGACUCCAUCCUCCCAACAUGGCGCAGGUGCAGGCUCGCUUUUACACCGAGGAUCGGAGGUAUGAAGUAGAUGACACACCAUUCUCUGUUCCUGCUGCAGCUGAAGUUAAUGACCUCAGUAAAGUCAUCAAUAAGCUACUAGAAGCAAAACAUGCUAACCACAAACAUGCAGACUUUGAUUUCCUCAUUAAGGGCCAGUUUUUACGACUGGCACUGGGUAAACAUAUGGAACUGGAAAGCAUUUCAACGGAAGAAGUGGUUGAGAUUGAAUUUGUAGAACGGUACAGUGCCCCUCAGCCAGAAGAGUGCUUGUUUCAUGAUGAUUGGGUCAGUGCAGUAGAGGCACAGGGAGAAUGGAUUCUCACAGGAUCAUAUGAUAAAGUUGCUCACAUUUGGACCUUAGAUGGUCAACCACUCAUGGCCCUUCCUGGACACACUGAAGUAGUCAAAGAUGUAGCAUGGAUCAAGAAAGUUGGUCACUGCAACUUGUUGCUCAGUGCCUCUCAAGAUCAGACUAUUAUCUUGUGGGAAUGGAACUCAGAAAAGAACAAAGUGAGAGCAUUGCACUCCUGUCGAGGACAUGCUGCAAGUGUGGAGUCAAUAGCUGUAGAUAACACGAAAACCAAAUUUUGCAGUGGUUCAUGGGAUAAGAUGAUAAAGAUAUGGUCUGCAGUUCCCAGUGAGGAUGAAGAAAUGGUGGAUGAAUCUGAAUCCAGACCAAGAAAGAAACAGAAGACUGAACAACUAGGAUUAACCAGAACUCCUAUGAUGACACUAUCUGGUCACAAUGAAGCAGUUUCCUCUGUCUUGUGGUCUGAUACAGAGGAACUCUGUAGUGCAUCCUGGGAUCACACGCUCAAAAUUUGGGAUGCUGAAACUGGAGCCCAAAAAUGUACCUUGAAUGGGAAUAAGGUGUUUAAUUGCAUCUCUUAUUCCCCAUUGUGCAAAAGGCUGGCUUCGGGCAGCACUGACAGGCACAUCAGGCUGUGGGAUCCACGUUCAAAAGAUGGAUCUCUGGUGCUGUUCUCCCUAACUUCACACAAUGGCUGGGUAACAGCAGUCAAAUGGUCACCUACACAUGAGAAUCAGUUGAUUUCAGGCUCUUUUGACAAAUUGGUCAAGUUCUGGGAUGUACGGAGUUGCAAGGCUCCACUUUAUGAUUUGAAUGCCCAUGAAGACAGAGUACUCUGUGUAGACUGGACAGAGAAUGGGUUGCUGUUAAGUGGUGGAGCAGACAACAAAUUAUUCUCGUUUAGAUAUUUGGCUCCUACGUCUGGGGAUGGCGCUUGAACGAGCAUACCAAAUGAUGAAGGACCGCACCCCAUCAGAGGACACCAUUGGAUUCAUUUAAAUACUUCCUCACACUCUCUCAUCUUGUGUUGUUCUUAUAACACCUUGAAUAAGAUCUGUUUGCCUGCCAUGAUGAUUGAGUUUUGAUCUCAUUCUAUCAAUGUAAUAAUGCCUGAUGGUUCUUACGUUAAGAUAAUUGGCACUGGGAUUUAAACUUGGAAAGGUGGUCUACUGAUGUCCCUUGGCGUGAGCAAGGACAGCUGCUGUUACUAUUUUCAGGCAUUUGUAAUAAUGUUGCACCUAACUUAGUUUUUUUUUUAAAAAAAGGGUCUUGGAGUUUUGUACUUUAUGUGCAGGAAGUUCAACAUUUUGUCAGAUCCUAUCUACAAUGUGGUGAUAUCUCCCGUAAAAUUCUCGAAUUGUGAUCAGUGUAAUCCAGGAGCUGAGUGCAGACUUACAAUACCAAACUGAAAACCUGUGUGGACACUGAGUUGGAAGUGGAUUGGAUUUUCUAACCUUAGAUGAGUGUCAUCUCAUAGUAACAUGUAUAGUUUCCUAUAAUUUCUUAUUGUUGUUCAUUAAUCAAGAUCAUUUUGCAAGAAAUAUGAAAAGAAAACUGAUUGGAUUAAUUUGCAUAAAUUCUGCUAAGCAAAUUUGAAAGGCUUAAUUUCUAAACUGGCCCAUGUCAGGUGACUGCAUUCAAAUUUUAAACUGUUUGCCUAGUCUGUGAAAAAACUUUACAUAGGAUAUACAGAAUUUGUGCAUCAUUUCAAGCUUUCUCUUCCUCAUCUUUAUUUAUUUCCAUGAUUCCAUUUGAAAACAACUUCAACGUUCUUACUAUUUCGAGGACAAUUAAGAUGCGAUUAAUGCUGAUGGUACUAGUGAUGUACAUUACUGAACAAAUAAAGUACAUUUCUCAAGUU